AUUUUCCCCCUUCCAGAGUAAGAGACUUCCAGAGAGAGAGAGAGAGAGAGAGGGAGAGAUCUCAAAACCCUUCGAUUGGUGCGGCAGCAGGAAUCCAUCCGACCGUUGAAUCAAUGGAUGCAAAGAUCGGGAAGUUCUUCGAGUCAGUGGGCUCCUUCUUCAGCAGUGGAGAUAACAUCCCCUGGUGCGAUCGCGACAUCAUCGCUGGUUGUGAGAGAGAAAUUGCAGAGGGUGGAAGUGAUGUCUCUGAAGAAGUUAAGAAUGAAAGCAUCAUGAGGUUAUCUUGGGCUCUUGUUCAUUCAAGACAGCCUGAAGAUGUGCAGCGCGGGAUAGCUAUGCUCGAAGCUACUUUGGACAGUUCGAGCAGCCCACUGCAGAAGAGAGAGAAGUUUUAUCUUCUGGCAGUUGGACACUACAGAAGCGGAGACUAUUCAAGGGCCAGGCAACUAGUGGAGCGUAGUUUGGAGAUUGCGCCAGACUGGAGGCAGGCCAUGAGUCUCAAGAAGGUGAUUGAAGAUAAAAUUGCUAAAGAUGGUGUGAUCGGCAUCGGCAUUGCUGCAACUGCUGUGGGGCUUCUGGCUGGUGGGAUCGCUGCAGCAUUGGCUCGUAAGAAAUGAAUGAACUCCUUUUGUGCAUAAUUACGUGAAUACUAGAACGGCCUUCCCUUUUUUCUUUAGAUUACAGACAUCCCUCUAAUGCCAUAAUGCAGGAGCUUUCGGCUUGUUUUGCUUUGGUCUUCUUUUACCCUUGUUCUUAAAGGCACUUAAUAAUGUGGAAAUUAAUAUCAAGAAAGAUCUGGCUACAUUUUGA